AUGUUACGAACAACACCUUUCUGUCACUAUUCACAGCAAGGCGUCGCUCGUCUCUCAGCUUCUAAAGAGAAAGAACUUUCGCUCUCACUAUCAGAAGACAGGCGUGCAAUAAUCCUAUCCCUCUCAUCGAGCGUUCAUUCUAUUCAGUGCAUCUAUAAAAGUGUCAUUUCGACUGGACCGUUUCAGAGUUCUUCACUUAGGAGGCGGAGGCGACCAUGAUGGAGGCGGCGCCGACUGGCAGAGC